AUGCCUGCCGACAGGCGAGCAACCUUCCCUACUGCGAAGCCCGUCAAGACGGAGCGCACCCACGAGGAGAACCAGGAACGUGCCUACAUAGCUGCGUCGCGCAGGAGUGACCGCAGCCUCGAGGCACGCAUCGAGUCUGCCCGUCGCGCCUCUGAGAUUCACAAGAAGCGCACGGGGCGUGCCUUGCGCGUCACCGAGCAAGAUGUGGUCAAUGAGGAGAUGUACGAAGAGGAAGACGAUGACCUGCCCACUCAGUACCAGAGACUGAACGCUCAUCUGCAGACCUCUUCGUGGCUAUUCAACCGCAAGCUUCACGACUACAUCGCUACGCAGCAUGGCGUCCGAAACAUGUUUCUCAACCAGCAGUUCCCCGGCCACCAGCUGCAGCCUUAUGGCUCCCAGUACCAGCCAAAUGCCACCCAGCUGCCAAUGAUGAGCGGUUCCAUGCUCCCUCCCCAGGCUUUCAAUGCUGCUACCCCAGACUUCACCCAGCCUCAGCAGCCAUUCAGCCCUCAGGGAUUCCAGCACCAGCAGCAAGGUUACCGCCAUGCUCCCUACAGCAUCCCCCAGAGACCUCAGCCGCACCAACGCUCUGCUUCCAUCGCCACGCCGCAUGUGGUGACUGACUUCGCGCCCGUCAAUCAGCCUGGUUCGCAUGUCACCACUCCACGAGGAGAGUUCAACAGACGACUUUCGCUGCCACAACAUGCUUUGGAAACUUCGGCCCAACAGACGCCUGACGGUCAAGCGCGCCCGCCACUGUCAAGGAGCUCGACAGCCCAAAGCCUGCAACAUCAAUCUGUAUCACCUCAGCGUGCGCCUGCCGGCACUCCAUCCACCUCGUCGUCUGGACAUGCCACUCCGCAGCUGAAGUCGGAGCAUACCUCUCCGAUCUCUUACCAGUUUGGCGCGUUGCCAUUCGGCUCGUCCCAAGUUCUCGACAUGAACCCUUUGUCCAUGUCCCUGCCACCGGAGUCACAGCAGUUCGUCGGCUCUGCACUCGACCCGAGCGACCCGCGUACAUCACUUUUCAUGGCAGGGAGUGAGAAUCUGCCACAGCCUUUCACUGGCACCUAUACCUAUAAUCCUAAUCUAUCGCCAAAAUCCUCUCGAGCUUUGGUAUCUCAGCCCGGAAUCGCCCAGACGCUGGCUCCGGAACAAUCUAUCAAGCUUGACGCUAUGGCUGACAGUACCUCGACCACCCCACCGUCAGCUCUGUCAGACCAUCUUUACACACCGCAGCCGCUUUUCACGCCAACGGGCUUUGAAUACUCCAACUUCUUCGAUUCAUACUCGUCUCAGGAUGGCAGUCGCCGCGCUAACGAUACUCUUCUUGGCGAGCCAUUCGAAGAUAACUCCUUCGUGAACUGGGAUCAGUGA